AUGGCGUCGCCAAUUUUAGAAAGGGAGCUUCCGGUGGAUAGCUACACGGAUUUCCGACACCCCCAACCUUCAGAGCAAUCGGGCUUGAUGGCUUGCUGCUCACCUGCGACCCUUUUGACUUUGCCAUCUGGCUUCGAGCAGGGGCAACAGCUUCACCAACCUGAUACAUGCUCGUUUACUCCGGCGGUUUGCGCUCUCCCCCAGCAGCAACAUCAAGGACAACAAGAUUUUCAAGACCCGCAAGGGGCCCAGCUUCUCUCGCCGCCGACUUGCUGCAGCGACGCCAGCUUGUAUAUGAGCCCAUACCUGUCGUAUCAGCCGACGAUUCAAAACAUCUGGCCAUCGCCUCCUCUAUUGCCGGGAGAUAUCCAGAGCUGUAUUUCUUUCGAGGACUCGCCCAUUUGUGGAAGCGUGGGCCUACCCUUCUACAAUAGCAGCGAAGACAACUCGCCUACCUCUCCUGGUGGAUGGUCGUCGGUCUCAGGAUACCCACCAACUACAGGCUUCUUUCCUCAGCAGCACCCUGGAGAUCAGGCAUUUGGCCAAGUCUGCACUCCCAUGUCGGCACAGGACGCCCCCUACCACCAUUCAGACAUGUCUACUCCAUACACGGAGAGUUUUCACCUAGAUUCCGACGCUGAAUUAUCAGCUGGCCUGAAUAUGUCGGUGUCGUCUUCUGAUAUGAUGCAGAGCCUGUCUGCGGCCCCUCCUUCUUCAAGCGUUGGCUCUCCAGAGGGCCUUCAAGCCGAGACCCCUGCUUCUCUGGUUGUGCCCAAGAUCGAGAUCGUGGAUCAACAAGAAGCAGGAUUCAUGGACUCGAUCCUUGCCGCGCCCAACGCUGCCGAUCCUGUUCCGGCAAACAGUGUUGGAAGCGACGAGAAGAACGACGAGCCAUACGCGAAGCUCAUCUACAAAGCCUUGAUGAGCCGGCCGGACUACACCAUGACCUUGCAGGAGCUCUACCAAUGGUUCCGGGACAAUACCAACAAGGCUAAGAACGAAAAGGGCGGAUGGCAGAACAGUAUCCGCCACAAUCUGAGCAUGAACGCUGCAUUCAAGAGACGCGACCGCAAGCGCGGCGAUGGGACUGCGGCCUCAACGUGUGUAGAGGACGAGUCUCCAUUGGCAGGCGACGCGAAGCGGGCAAACGAAUGGGUCCUGGAGGACUGGGCAGUUAGGGACGGUGUGCAGAGCACGACCAGAUACCGAAAAGGGAACUCUGGGCGCCGCUCAAGCAGACGCAACUCAGGCCAGCUCAACCUGGGCAGUGGCAUCAGCAUGCGCCGAAGCAGCCAACGCAGCUCCGUCAAGGCCCUGUCUGGCCAAAAGGGCGGCUGUGCGGCCAGAAACGCGCGGGCGAGAAGCCAGAUGUACAGCCAGGAGCUGUCGCUGGCCGAUGGGCGCCAGUACCGGCUGAUUGAGAGCGGGCUGGGCUCGCCGCCGGCCUCGAGCAUGCCGGAUGGCUUCUAUUCCAUGCCCAUUGCAAUCCCACGGAUCGACCCGACGGCCAUCCAGACCCCAGGGGCGCACGGGGCUGAUUUCGGUUCCGCAGAUACAGCUACGGACCUCUUUGGGCUGCAGAUGACAGGACCGCGGAUGGACCAACCGGUGGCUGGCGAUGACGCUGUUUCAUACAUGGGCCAACAGGAGCACAUGUACGCAGCCUUCCCAUACGAACUUGCAGAUGUCCAUCUAGACUACUCUGGCGAUGUCGCUGACCAGAUCCGGCGGUAUGACUCCAUGACGGGCACCCCCAGGAUGGGCUGGGCCACUCCCCACGGCAUGUGA